GAGGACGCGUUUGAUAGACGGGCAGUUGUUUACACAUGAUACGUGAAGGAUCAUGCUAGCAAAUUACUUUGUUCGGAAUGAAAACUUGAGGAUUAAAACGACUUCAAUACGGCAAAUGUAGUCUUCAACCGACAGUUAAUGUGCAGAAAGAAGAAUGAUGACAUACGAAAGCUGCAUCACCUGCUGAAUACAAAUUCAGAGGGCUCUUUUUCUGAUGAUGUCAAGCCACUAACAGUAGCUGACUAACGUUAGCUAUUUUGAACAUUGUUUUCUAAUUUUCACCCAUUGCAAAAUGUCGCAGUAAUUUACGUUAUAGGCGUAUUUGACAAAUAUGAGAAACACCAACCGUUUAAGACCUAUUUUUCUUACUUUUCAACAAUGGUUACCUAGAUGGAGCUUGCAACACAGGUUGUGUUGUUCAAAGCCAGUCAGCGUUCAUUCUAACGAGGAGAGCAGGGUAGAUAAAUUCAAAACUCAAAUAGCCACAGGUCCAAAAUUUCAUGAAUUUGUCAAGGGAGCUUCCUUCAACAAACAACAACCAGUUAUCACUGAUGAUUUGAUAAACACUGACAAGCAUGCCUAUCUUCCUGAGGACUCAGAAAUUGGGAAUUCUAGGACAGUAUGUUUUGAAACCUAUGGCUGUCAGAUGAACGUCAACGACACAGAAAUUGCCUGGUCAAUAUUGCAGAAGAAGGGGUAUCAACGCACAAGUGAUGUCGAUGAGGCUGAUGUUGUCCUCCUUGUUACAUGCUCUAUAAGAGAAAAAGCAGAACAAACCAUCUGGAACCGACUACGGCAACUCACAGCAAUGAAGAAAAGACGCUUAAAGACCCGGAUACCCAUGAAAAUUGGAGUCUUAGGUUGCAUGGCCGAGAGGCUGAAGUCUGAGCUGCUGGAGAGGGAGAAGCUGUUGGAUGUUCUGGCUGGUCCAGAUGCAUACCGGGACCUUCCUCGCCUCCUGUCUGUGGCCCAUGGUGGUCAGCAGGCUAGCAACGUGCUGCUGUCUCUAGAGGAGACAUACGCUGAUGUCAUGCCUGUCCACCACUCACCCCAGGGUUACAGCGCUUUUGUGUCCAUCAUGCGAGGGUGUGAUAACAUGUGCAGCUACUGCAUUGUCCCGUUCACUCGAGGUCGAGAGAGGAGUCGACCAGUGUCCUCUAUCCUUGAGGAAGUCCGUAUCCUGUCGGAGCAGGGCGUGAAGGAGGUGACCCUGUUGGGUCAGAAUGUGAACAGCUACAGGGACACAUCAGAGGAACAGUUCUGUAGUUCAGAGCCAGGCCAGCUGAGCCGGGGCUUUAGGACGGUGUACCGAGCCCGGCCCGGGGGCCUGCGCUUUGCUGACCUGUUGGACAGAGUGUCCCUCAUAGACCCGGACAUGAGAAUCAGGUUCACCUCCCCUCAUCCCAAGGACUUCCCUGAUGAGGUGUUGCAGCUGAUAAAAGAGAGGGGGAACAUCUGUAAGCAGAUCCACCUCCCGGCUCAGAGUGGCAGCAGCACAGUCCUACAGGCCAUGCGCCGGGGCUAUACUAGGGAGGCUUACCUGGAGCUUGUGGAUAACAUCAAGAGAAUAAUCCCAGUGGUGAGCCUGAGCAGUGACUUCAUCUCGGGGUUCUGUGGGGAGACAGAGGAGGACCACCUGCAGACCCUGUCUCUGAUCAGGGAGGUGCGCUACAACGUGGGCUUCCUGUUUGCCUACAGUAUGCGGAAGAAAACCCAUGCGUUCCAUCGUCUUCAGGACGACGUGCCAGCGGAGGUGAAGCAGCGGCGGCUAGAGGAGCUCAUCACUGUGUUCAGAGAGGAGGCCACCAAGGUCAACGCUGCCCUCAUCGGCAGUACACAGCUUGUCCUAGUGGAGGGAGAGAGUAAGAGAUCAGCUCAGGACCUGUGUGGGAGGAACGAUGGGAACGUGAAGGUGAUCUUCCCUCGGCAGGAAGUGGCUGGUCAGCCCACUGACACACGCACUGACACACACACUGCCCCCAUCAACCCGGGAGACUAUGUCCUGGUCAAGAUAACAUCAGCCAACUCCCAGAGCCUGAGAGGACACGCCCUCAGCCACACCUCUCUGAGUGACACAGCAACACGUUUACCUGACCACUGCCAUGACAGACAACUGGCUUCAGUCUCUAGACACGGUGUCUAGUCCUCUGUCCUCUGGUCCUUCGUCCUCUGUACCCUGAAAGUGAGUGUGGAGUGGACGUCCUCUGUGGCACCACAACGCAGAGGUAACAUCGACAAAGAUGUUAGCUCAAACCAGAGACAACUGACUGAAGAAGACUUUUGUCAACAACAAAAAAAUAAAGCUUUAUUGUUAUUUGUUUUAAUUAUACAAAUAUACAGUGAGGGAAAAAAGUA